UGCUUCUCCAGACGAAAGCCGUAGAAGUGUGAAAAUGCACGUCACGUGACUGAGCCAUUGAUACCGGGCUAUCAUUCUUCCACAAUCAUCGAAAUCCCUACCGAGAUCUUAUUUUAUAGGCACAUUUCAGCGGGCGACGACGAGCUCUUCGCGAGAAAAAUAAGAAGGAAGAACCGAGGACCGCCUCGUUCUUGUAGGAUGGCUCCGAGAAAUCGUGGCAGCAGACCAACGCUCGGACAUGGUCUUGACAAGGAGGUUUACCAAAUAGUGCGCAAGAUUGCCCAUGAUCUCCAAUUGGAAGGGGAAAAUGUACGCUUAACCCUGCCGUUUGUCUACGACCGGAUAAAACGGUCAAAUUCUAGUCUCAAUCGGAGAGGGAAAAAAUUGCUAGAAGACAGUAUCGAACGGGUACUGGAGGUAGUCAAAACAGAUGUGCUUGGUGAUGGGGAUUCAGAUUCGGUUAAUGGAGAUUUCGAAGGACUUGAAGAGAAGGAUGCCAUUUUGGAUUCUAAUCGCAUGAAUAAGAGUAUCGUGGGAAUGUGGGGCACACAAGCAAAGAUGCCAACAAUACCGAAGAAAAUAACGGAUAUGGCGGAGGUUGAUUCAGCAUCGUCAGCCCCCACCGCUGCGGCAAGUAAGAGACGACAGGCUGGAGGGGAAUCACAGGCUAAGAGAAGAAAGGCGGAAAGCAGCAUUGACAGGUCACCUCCUACCCACGUAAAUUUGGCGGACCUAGGCGGAGUAGACGAUGUAAUUCAGGAACUCGAAGACCUUAUUGUUUUACCCAUGACUCGCCCUCAAGUCUACUCCUCGUCGAAGGUGCAACCUCCGCGCGGGGUAUUACUUCACGGCCCGCCUGGUUGCGGUAAAACCAUGAUUGCCAAUGCUUUUGCAGCGGAGUUAGGUGUGCCGUUUAUCGCAAUAUCCGCGCCGUCGAUAGUUUCGGGUAUGUCUGGAGAAUCCGAGAAGGCGCUACGGGAACAUUUCGAUGAGGCAAAGAAAGUUGCGCCGUGCCUCAUCUUUAUUGAUGAAAUCGAUGCAAUCACCCCCAAGCGCGAGAGCGCUCAGAGGGAAAUGGAAAAACGUAUCGUUGCGCAGCUACUUACUUGCAUGGAUGACUUGGCUCUGGAAAAAACGGACGGGAAACCUGUGAUUGUAUUAGCAGCUACGAAUCGACCUGACAGCCUGGAUGCUGCACUGCGACGAGGCGGGAGAUUUGACAAGGAGAUCAAUCUUACCGUUCCCAGCGAGCCUGUGAGAGAGCAGAUUCUACGGGCUCUCACAAAGGAUAUGAACCUUGCAGAUGAUCUGGACUUCAAACUCCUGGCAAAGAGAACUCCUGGAUUUGUCGGUGCUGACCUAAACGACCUCGUUUCCACAGCAGGAGCGGCUGCUAUAAAACGAUACAUUGAACUCCUGAAAUCACAUACAGGCGACGAAAUGGAAAUAGAAAACACAGCAAAUGACGCUGAUGGUGACAAGAGUACGAAGAUCAGCCCUAAAAUCCUUGAACUCCGCCGCCUCAUCAAACACGCCCGAGAAACCCCUCUUCACUCCGAAUCCCAAACCAUAUCUGUCUCCAACACGGAUUUCUUCACCGCCCUUCCUAAAAUUCAACCCUCCUCCAAGCGCGAAGGCUUCGCCACCAUCCCAGACACAACAUGGGCAGACAUCGGCGCCCUAGGCGGCAUCCGUGACGAACUCGCCACCGCGAUUGUCGAACCAAUCCGCAACCCAGACAUCUACGCCCGCGUCGGCAUCACUGCCCCAACAGGCGUCCUACUUUGGGGCCCGCCAGGCUGCGGAAAGACCCUCCUCGCCAAAGCAGUCGCCAACGAGUCUCGCGCCAAUUUCAUCAGCGUUAAGGGCCCCGAACUGCUGAAUAAAUACGUAGGUGAAUCCGAACGCGCCGUGCGCCAGGUCUUCGUGCGCGCUCGCUCCUCGGUCCCCUGCGUCAUUUUCUUCGAUGAGCUCGACGCUCUCGUGCCGCGCCGUGACGAUACGCUCUCCGAAGCCUCCGCGCGCGUCGUCAAUACCCUUCUCACCGAGCUCGAUGGGCUGGGCAGCGCGCGACAGGGCAUUUAUGUCAUCGCUGCUACGAAUCGGCCGGAUAUCAUUGACCCGGCUAUGCUACGGCCUGGCCGCUUGGAGACGCUGCUGUUUGUAAAUCUGCCUACUGCAGAUGAGCGGGUUGAGAUUCUGCAGACGCUGUUGCGGAAAAUGCCGAUUGAGUUCUCUGAUGAUAUCAAAGAGUUGGCGAGGUCGUGUGAAGGGUUUAGCGGUGCUGAUCUGGGGUCGUUGCUGCGCAGAGCUGGUUAUUCUGCUAUCAAGCGGCGGGAUACGAUACGUUUCGAAGACUUUGUGGCGGCGAAGGCUGGUAUUAGGCCGAGUGUGUCGGAUCUGAAGAAAUAUGAGAGGUUAAGGAGAGAUUGGGAAGGUGGGAAUGUUCUUUAGAUAUUGAAAACUUUGCUGGAAAGGCUUCACUUCUGUUUGAAUUGAUGAACCCAUAUUCCCCGAUGGAGAUUACCAUUAUAAGUUUCACUUGUCAGGCAGUAAUAUAUAGAAAUGUAAAUAGAAGGAUAGGUCUGGGAAGAUUCCGGUUUGUAAUUAAAAUGAUUUUUCAUUCGCGGGACUCUAAAAACAUUUUAUUGUAUCUAUAUUAGAAGGACAUGAAAACUAGCCAAAACAAGAAAAAACAAAAAAAAAGAUGGCUUGCUUCGUGGAAAAACCGGAACCCAAUAACACAAGGAGCUCGAGGCCCGUAUCAUGCAUGAUACACAACAGAAUCUCCUACAUCCACAA